UGACAGCUGUGGUGUUUUGUUUAUGUUUUGGUCAGUUGUGUGGAGGCGUGGGUGCUUCUCGUUGAAGUUGAUGAUUUGUUGUUAAUUGUAUGUUUGAAUAUGGCUAUGUGUAUGGGUGUUUAGUAUAGGCAUGUGUCAGUAAGGUAUUGGUGAACAAGUCCAGUCAGUUGAUGUAGUAGAGGGGGAGAAAUCAGCUGUGAUUUUAUUUAAUAACACACCUGACACUGAUUCUGGAACAGAUGGAAAAUAAUUGCAGUGAGCGGUAACACAGCGUGGAGUUCGUAUCUAAGGUGCAAAUCCUAUGGGGCUGUUGCUUCUCCAUUGUGCGUGGUUUUUUGCUUAUUCUCAGUAGAGAUAAUUACCCUGCAAUGUGAGGUUUGCAAUGGAUAACAUGGGAGAAAAUGAUUCUCUGAUAAUAAAACAGUAUUUGUCACUAAAUGGACAGUGCUUGGGGGAAACCAGUACUAGUUCGGGGGAAUCAUGUAAUAAUGUAGUUCAUUGGUGGAACGAAAGUGGUUCAGACACAGUUUCGAGUGCAAGUUCAUAUUCUGAUUCCGAAUAUGAUGGGUCGUUAUUGGAAUGGGAAACGGAGAUAAAUGCAAAAGGGGAAGUUUUCUUUGUUGAAUCUCUGUGCACAUCAGAAAGUGAUAAUAGUACCUCCUUGACCAUGGUGGCAAACUCAGAUAGUAGAGAGAGUAUUCCACAACACGCAACUCGACGGAGUACCAAAAGUAAACUUGCUCAAUUGAUUAAGCAUCGAAGUAGUAAGCGGCUCAGAUGGCAGAGUGCAAAAAUCUCAUCAUCUUUGCCAUCUACCCCCAGAGAAGUAGCUGUUAUACAAGAAUAUUCCAACAGCAAAGUGACAUUCCAGGACUGGCAGCAAGGAGAGAUUCGAGAGGUGACAAUCCCGGUGAAUGGAAGAAUGGUCCACAAUCUUGGACGACGUGCCACUUUGUCUGAAAUGUUACUGGGUUUAACGACUAGUAAAUUUGGUGAUGGCACUCGAGUUAUGGUUGCUGGAUUCAUCCCAAAUGGUGAAGCUGCCAAACACUGUGGUAUUAAAAUUGGUGACUGGUUACAGAGCAUUAAUGGUCAGGAGAUCAGUGGACAAACACUUGAUGCGGUUCUGUCAGCAGUGAAGCCCCCUUGUGAGGUCACUUUAAUACUCCAACGUAUAGCAGGUUAUGAAGUCACUAUAGAUGAAUAUCAGGAUAACCAGAGAAAGGGUCGGAGGCAGUCAGAGUUAGUGCGCCGGCUAACAGGAGUAGAUCCUCCUCCACCACUUAUUGGACAUCCAGUAGCUGUGCUUUACAUGUCUGUAGCAAAUGAGAUGGACUCAAGACCAGAAGACACUGACAGAAGUCAUGCACUGAUCUAUUGUUUCCCUGCACAAUCAUCUCCUUCACAACAGGAUACAUUCAUUGCAGCCCGGGGUGCCUUCAUUACUCUGUGUCACCUUUUCCCAAAUGCUGGUGCCUCGACACCUACCAGUUCCAGUGUUAUGGUCAAUGAUGAACUGGUACACAUUUUGUAUUCACCACACAAUGAUGGACUAUUGCUGCUGGCUGUGCCAGAUAGUAGGUGUCCAUUGUGGGAAGCACACCAGCUUCUGGCAGAUAUUAUUCGUAACCUUGAAUUUUGUUAUAAGACAGUGCCUAGAGCUUUCUCAGAUGAAGCUAAUCUUCAGGCCUUGGAUGAUUUCUUCGCACUGUUCUUCAUGCGCAUUCUCACCGGUGACAAGUGGCCAGCUGAGAGAGCUUCCCCAAUGUUGCAGGAUGAAAAUCCAUGCAUGAUUUCAGCAAAAUUUGAAGAACUGCUUACUGUAGCACAUUGGUUGACGGUGCCUCAUCAUAUACAGGUCCAGAUAGACAACUUGCUGAGUCAUAUGGAAGCCAAUGAUUUUGGAGAUAUGAAUGAAGAUUUUGACCACCAGCAGAGACUAUAUACAAUCAUAGGAUCAUGCUAUUAUCACAAGGGACACUUACUUACGUGGCACAUAGAACAGUGUAUACUGGUCCACAUUCACACAUUUUUACGACAGCAUUGCUUGCUGGAACUCAACCAUAGAGAAGCAGUGCUUUCACUUCUGGUGUGGAGGGAAGUCUUCUUACCAAUAACAGCACCUCCUGGAGCUCGUCAUUUCCUUUUAUGUGCAGGACAGGGUCAUGACUUACUUGUGGUCUUGCUUGAAUCAGGAGGCUGUGCCCUGACGGCAAUGGAAAAAACAGGCCCAGAUGUGUGCUAUGUGGAAAUGGCCCAGGAAGUACUACAUUCCAUCCAGAAGACUGGCAUUUCUUCAGUUGCUUCCAAAUGGUUAUCUGCAAAUUGCCGUCCACAAAUUACAACACCGGAUGUAUUGCUGUCUAAUAAAGCCUCUCGAAAAGCAGAGAACUUCCUUGGUUUUGUCAAGCAGCUAGAUUCUUUGACACCAACAAAAGCAUCAUCAGUAACAGGUAACAGUUUUGUAUUAUCGAAGAAGCAGCCAGAAGUUACAUCGAUCUUAAAAAGGCGAAGCAGUCCAGACAAAUGUUAUGGGUACAUGUCUUCAGGUGUGUCACUACAAGGCUCUACUUCAGAAGACUCAGCUAGUCAGGCAACAAGUGUCAUGAGUGAAAUGAGUGAUGAGUCAGCUCCCAUUUUGGGUCGGAGAGCUGAAAGAGAACGUAUAACAAGACAUGGCAGUGUAGACAGAUUUUCUGAAUCACCUUCAGAACAAUCAGAAGAGUCGGAAUCUGACUGGGAGGAACAUGUCACUGAGGGCAGUCCUUAUGAUCCAACUUCAUUUGGAAAGCCUGUAGCAUUGGACAUGGAUGAUAUCAUACCAUCAAAACUAACUACAGGAGAUGAUAAUGUGUUGUUCCAUUAUGUUGAUCUUAACAUCUGUGAAGGUGUUCUCUUAUCGCCAUCAGUUUUCAGUGAACAAAUGCAAUCUCAAAAGAUGCAGGAGAUUCUCACAAACUUUAAACUCAGCAGCCAAGCUAUCCACAAACUUCUACAAAACACUGUUUCAUUCAAGAAACUCAUGAAUCAGGAAAUAAACAAGGCCAUCAUAAACAAAGCAUUGGUUGCUAUUAAAGAAUGUGGCAUGUUGUUUGAGAUGAACAUGCAGCAGUCACAAAGUGGAAGAAAAUCAGCAUCCACAAUGACAUACUGGGUUGUAGGGAGGCUGUUUUUCACUCCUCAUCCACGAGAAGUUUAUGUGUGUUAUCAAGACUGUACAUCGCAGAACAUGGUGGAAAUUGCAUUUAGACUUGCACUUAGUGCUGCUGGUUGAAUUGUGUGUGAAUAGGGGUACAUUGUACCAGCUACUGAUCCAAGGAAGUGCCUUACACUUAUUUAAAACCAACACUUUUACAAAUACUCAAAGGAUUACAUUUCAUGAAUGUUAUAUGUAAAUAAAGGCUGUUUUGUAUAAAAAAAAUUUAUAAGCAUUUUCAGUAUAAAAAAUAGUUACACUCCAGAGUGCCUCUAAUGUUUGUUUCCAAAUGCGUCAUUGCCAACAUGCCACACAUUUAAUGCAGUUAAUAAUAAGUGUAACUGCCAACAAGUUGCCUGAUUCACUCACUGGAAAUGUCACUGUGGAGAUCCUUGAUUUCAGGAAGUCCAUGAAGAUGAGAUGUGUAGAAAGUAUUUAUUAUGAACAAGAAGCAUGUUAAGCACAGACAGAAAAACUCUUGAAAUAUAUACCUGUGGAUGUAAGUAAUGUAAUAAGGCUGUCCAGAGAAUGACAGAUUUGUGGAGGGUUGUAUGUAGAACUCGGAAGUCUUUGUCCAGUCCACAUACAGAGUAGAGGAACCAUGUCAAGAAUAAAAGUGAGCUCUUUGUGAAAACUGGACAUACAAUACAUUAAAAUUCUAAAUGCUGAUAUCACAUAAAAAAGUCAUUUCUGAAUACAAAAAAAAGUAUUUCCACAUGUUCUCACAUUUUUUCAGCUAUUUGUAAUGUUGUCAAUGAGUGUCCUUCAAAUACUCCACACUGUUUAAAAUACAAACACUGGUCAAUACAUAACAGCUUGAGAAUGGCACACUGAAAGAAUAUUGUACCAAUGGACUGCAAAAGACACAUUGACAUUACAUGUAUCUUUUGUUAUACUGAGAAGAAGGGGGGCUGAGUCAUUGAUGAAGUGACCAUUGAGAUUGGUCUCAUGGAUAAUUAUUUUCAUGAUAGUUCUUCCAAUUAUCCUACUUGUAUAAUGUGUCUAACAUAUAUCUGUGAUUAGAAGCAUGAUGGUUCUCUUAAUUUUUGCUAGUUAACACCACCACAACAACUGUCAGCAGAGAAAUUUCAUUGAAUACUUCCACAGUCAUUAUAAUCAGGGUGUGGUUGUACAGAACAUACAUUCCAAUUUGGAUUUAACCAUGUUUGCAGAAUCCUGCCAUGAGCAUUUCCACUGAGGAGCCAAAGAAACUGGUACACAUGCUUAAAAUCAAGUAGGGCACCUGUGAGAAUGCAGAAGUCCACAACACAACAUGGCAUGGAUUCGACUAAUGUCUGAAGUAGUGCUGGAGGGAAUUGACACAAUGAAUCCUGCAGGGCUGCCCAUAAAUCCAUAAGAGUACGAGGGGGUGGAGAUCUCUUCUGAACAGCAUGUUGCAAGACAUCCCAGAUGUGCUCAAUAAUGUUCAUGUUUGGGGAGUUUGGUGGCCAGUAGAAGUGUUAAAAUCAGAAGAGUGUUCCUGGAGCCACUAUGUAGCAAUUCAGGACAUGUGAGAUGUCGCAUUGUCCUGCAGGAAUUGCCCAAGAGUGUCGUAGUGCACAAUGGACAUAAAUGGAUGCAGGUGAUCAUGCAGGGUGCUUAUGUACAUGUCAUAUGUCAGAGUCGUACCUAGACAUAUCAGGGGUCCCAUAUUACCCCAACUGCACAUGCCUCCACCUGCUUGAACAGUCCCCUGCUGCCAUGCAGGGUCCAUGGAUUCUUGAGGUUGUCUACAUACUUGUACACAUCUGCUCAAUACAAUCUGAAAUGAGACUCGACCGACCAGGCAACAUGUUUCCAGUCAUCAACAGUCCAUUGUCGGUGUUGAUGGGCUCAGGUGAGGUGUAAAGCUUUGUGUCAUGCAGUCAUCAAGGGUACAUGAGUAAGCCUCUGGCUCUGAAAGCCCAUAUUGAUGAUGUUUCAUUGAAUGUUCACAUGCUGACACUUGUUGAUGGCCCAGCAAUUUGCAGAAGGGUUGCACUUCUAUCAGGUUGAACAAUUGUCUUCAGUCAUUGUUGGUCCCGUUCUUGCAGGAUCUUUUUCCAGCCACAGCGAUGCCAGAGAUUUGAUGUUUUACUGGAUUCCUGACAUUCAUGGCACACUCAUGAAAUUGUCAUAUGGGAAAAUACCCACUUUAUCGCUGCCUUAGAGUUGCUGAGUCCCAUCGCUCAUGCACCGACUAUAACACAAUGUUCAAAUUCACAUAAAUCUAGGCUUUGUCAACUGCAGGGCCAUAUUCUGCCUGUUUACAUAUCCCUGUAUUUAAAUACGCAUGCCUAUACCAGUCUCUUUGCUGCGUCAGUGUAUUUUGAUACAUUGGUGCAGAAAGUGAAUAACAGCAGCAAAAAUGUUCUUGUUUUCUUUUAUGAAUAUUAUCCCUUUUGACAUACUGGGAGGGCAAAUACAGAAUCAGAACAUGCUAAUAUAUUCCAAAUGAACAUCACUAGUUCAGUGAAAUGUUUUGACUCACUAUUUAGUGCACAAAUUCAUGAUACCAGUAAAUAAAGAUUUACUACAUUAUGUGUUUUGUCAGCUACCUAUUAUGGGAAAAAUUAUGCCAGCAAUGUUUUUUGUUAAAAAUUUGAUGGGUAUGUUAAUUUUUUCGUGUUGCAAAAGAG